UGUGUGAGACAUGGGGUGAUGUGUGAGACGUGCGGCAGGCACCGGGCUCAGCGCCUGCCUCCGGCCCCGUGCCGAAUUCAGACCGGGAGAGCCCAGGAGGGGUCUGGUGGUGCUGGGGUGGGGGAAGAGCAAAACUCCUCUCCCCUGUGCUGGUCCCCAGGGAUGCCGUGGGGGGACAAGGCCGGCGUCCCCCUGCUCUGGAGCCUGCUGCCCUCCUGGACCCAGCAGCGGGGCUCAGCAUGGCACUGCAGCAGCUUUGGGACCGGGUCACUGCCCCGGGGCAUGCAUGUGGUAUGGGAUGCAGGGGAGAGGACUUUGGGAUCGUGCAGGAUUUGUUGUGGGGAAACGAGGGUUGGGAAAGGGGCGGUGAGGUGGGGAGGAACAAGUGUAGGAGCGGGGCUGUGGGUGCGAGCAGCGAUCCAGCCCGAGCAGCAGCGAGGAGGUGCAGAGAUGGGGGUGUCCGUGCCUGUGCUUGCGUCUACGUGCACACGUAUUUUGAAGGUGCUUCUGCAGAGCCACAGGUACUUCACCCGACUGCCAGGACUCUUCAAAUAGGAUGGAGAGAGGCUUGGCAACUCCGUCAGCUCCCUCAGGACCGUGGGAUGAAUGGCAUCAGGCCCCAUAGAUUUGUACCUGUUCGGUUUCAUCGGGUGGUCUUGAACUUGCUCCUCGCUUACAGUGGGAAGGACUUUGCCCCCUCAGCCCCUGCCUGGAGGUUCCGGGACUCAAGAGACGUGGCAAGCCUGGCUGGCAGCGAACAACUUGUUGAGCACCUCAGCCCUCUCCGUGUCUGUUUUACUUAUCGCCCUGUUCUGCGCUCUCUUGUUACAGCAGGCGCGAGGACCAACACCUCCAGUCCCUGCUGCCUCCUUCCUGGGCCUCCAGGCACAGGGGCGGCCUUGGUGCUGGGUCCCUUUUCCCGGGGCUGGCAGUGGGGGCUUUCAGCCUGGGGCAGCUUCUUUUCUAUGAUAGUAUUUUUUUUCUGUGAUUUGGUGUGGGUUUUAUUCAAGGCUUGCUUUGGUAAUAUGUUUACAGAUUACUAUUUUAAAGACUCUCAGCUUGGCUCCUUGUACUUAUUUUGUUUUAUACACACAUGUAUUCUGCAGAUAACACAGAGGAAUUCAGCUCGUUUCAUUAAAAGUGAAGGGAAGGAGCCUCGGAGAGGCACAAUCUGCACUCAGAAGUAAUGAACUUGCUGCGAGCGAGGACAGCUUGUUCUCUCCCCAGUUAUUUAUUUACUUGCUUGUUUGCACGACGGCAGAUGGAUAUCGGUGUGCGCUGGGCUUGCUUUGCAGUGGAGGUGCAGAAGCUAAGCCGCUGCUAAACUAUCUGAAACCAGUUCAAAUGAAGAACUUCUCCCCUGAUAAGAGGCUAAAAGUAUGGCUUAAUUAGAUGAGCAAAGUAGGAACUGGAGGAGGAUGUGACUGCCUCAGAGAAAUGCACUGAGGGCUAAACCCCAGGGAGAGAAAAGCAAUAUUUAACCUAAAGGACAGUGCUGGCACAAGGACAAGUGGAUUUAAAAUUUCCAUGAAUAAGUUUAGGCUGGAAAGUAGAAGAAAGUUUCUGCCAUUCAGAAGAAUAAAUUAUAGAAUAGCUCCCUAUAGAAGAAGAGGAAAAAAAAAAGUAUUUUCUUUUAAGAUAAAUUUUAUGUCUUUAUGAAAAUUAGCAUGUGGUAUGAACCCAUGGAAAUAUUAAAUGUUCUAGAUAAGUCUUUGCACAGGAGAUUGACUAAGUAUUUGCCGUCAAGGAUUGGGUGUCCUAAAGAAAUACAAUACAUCACAAUUACCCUAUAUACUCUAGGUUAACAAAAUUUUCCCAAUAUGUUAUUUUAGCAUGAAAUUAUUUUCAAAAGUAUCUUGGAGUACAGCUAAAGUGUGUUCAGUACUCUUUCUUCUUCCUGUGCUUACUUUCACAUACAUGUGCUUUAUUCUUUGAUUAAUAAAUUUACUUUGCUAUCCAUACACAGUGAAUGUACCCUAUUAAAAAAGACUGAAUAUUUAACUGAAGUUUAAACUUGUCAUUCAAUGAUCUGAUAAAAAAUGUCAUAAGUUAUUCAAAUUCCAAAUUAAAUCCCUGAGCAAACAUUUCAAAAGAAGUUGCUGAUUUGUCAA